AUGAUGACCAUGGUGUUUGCAGUGGAGGAAAUUAACAGUAAUUCAAGCCUGUUACCAGGUGUUAAACUAGGCUACAGGAUUGUAGACAGCUGUGACCAUGUCCACACCAGCCUGCAUGCUCUUUUGUCUUUAGUCAGUCACUCCAAAGCUGCAAAUGUAACAGAGGAGAGAAUGGAAAAGGGCACACAAUGUGAAACCUUGCCCUCAUGUCUGGCUGGCUCUCCUGUGUCUGCUGUGAUCGGUCUUGCAUCAUCUUCCCCUACAAGAGCUGCAGCUCACACUCUUGGGCCUUUCGACCUCCCACUGGUGAGUUAUUUUGCCACUUGUACCUGUCUUACUGACAAGCAUAUGUACCCGUCAUUCUUGCGGACUGUGCCGAGUGAUCUCUUUCAAGUUCGAGGUCUUGUUCAGCUGGUCACCUUCUUAGGCUGGCUCUGGGUGGGCACAAUAGGGACCACGGAUGACUACAGUCAUUAUGGCAUCCAAGAAUUCUCUAAUCAGUUCAGACAACGAGGUGGGUGUCUCGCAUUUCAUCUGACUAUCCCCCAAUCGCCAACAGCAGCUGAGAUACAAGAUAUGGCAGACAGGCUGCAGAGUUCAACUGCACAGGUAGUCGUGGUCUUUGCCUCACAGGUACAGCUGCUGGAUCUGCUCUCAGAGGUCAACGGCACACUGGGCUUCUCCUUCCCUGGAGUUAGGAUCCCUGGCUUGAAAGAGUUCCUGCUGAAUGUCCGCCCCUCUCCCAGACCUGGGAUGGAAUUUGUGAACAUGUUCUGGGAAGAGCUGUUUGGCUGUCGGCUCAAGUUUAAAAGAGCUGGAUCCAAAGAAAAUGAAGUUGAUACCAUGAAUAUUUCUCCUGUUUGCACAGGUUUAGAGGAUCUGAGAUAUACUGACAGCAGUUAUACAGAUGUGUCUCAGGUCAGAAUAUCCUAUAAUGUGUACAAAGCUGUAUACACCAUCGCCCAUGCUCUGCACACGUUAUUGAACUGUGAUUCUGCAGCACACAGCAAGGGAAUGUGUGAGAAACAUAAAUCAUUUUCUUCCAGGCAGUUGCUGCAUCAUUUAAAAACAGUGAACUUUACCAACCAGUUUGAGGAGAAGGUAUAUUUUGACUCCAACGGAGAGCCGGUCCCUCUCUAUGACAUCAUUAACUGGCAAAAGGACAGCAAGGGUCAAAUUAGAUUUGUCAAAGUGGGACGCUAUGAUGGUUCAGCUCCCUUAAAACAACAGUUGCAGAUGGAGAAGAACACCAUUGUUUGGACAAAUGGACAGUCACAGGUGCCUGUAUCUCAGUGUACUGCUCCAUGCCCCCCUGGCAGCAGGCAGGCCAGACGUCCUGGAGAGCCCCACUGUUGCUUUGAUUGUUUGCCUUGUGCAGAAGGAGAGAUCAGCAACCAGUCUGGUUCCACCGAGUGCAUGAAAUGUCCUGAGUACCACUGGUCAGACAAAGACAAGGUGAAAUGUGUGGCUGGGGUAGAAGAAUUCCUGUCUUUCUACGACACCAUGGGCAUCAUUCUGGUCACGCUCACACUGCUGGGUGUCGUCCUGACAACCAUCAUCACUUCUGUCUUUCACCGUUUCCGUUCCACACCGAUCGUCAAGGCCAACAACUCAGAAAUAAGUUUCUUGCUUCUCCUGUCACUCAAACUUUGCUUCUUGUGUUCCCUGGUGUUCAUUGGUCAGCCGUCUGUGUGGUCAUGUAGGCUCCGCCAGGUAGCGUUUGGGAUCAGCUUUGUCCUCUGUCUGUCCUGCCUCCUCGUUAAGACCAUUGUGGUUCUCUUGGCCUUCCGAGCUAACGUACCUGGUACCAGGGCUCCAAAGCUGUUUGGUCCCUCUCAACAAAGGACUCUGAUCCUCUGCACCACAGCUCCUCAGGUUUGUCUCUGUGCUGGCUGGCUUUUGGGUGCGCCCCCCUUCCCAUUCAGGAACCCAAACUACCAAGCUUCCACUGGAAAAAUUGUGGUGGAGUGCAAGGAGCCAUGGCCUCCUGGAUUUUAUCUGGUCCUGAGCUACAUUGGCCUCCUGGCCUUCCUCUGCCUCCUCCUGGCAUACCUUGGACGCAAGCUUCCUGAUACGUUCAACGAGGCGAAGCUCAUCACCUUCAGCAUGCUGAUCUUCUGGGCUGUGUGGAUCUCUUUCAUACCAGCUUAUGUCAGCUCUCCUGGAAAGUUCACUGUGGCUGUGGAAGUAUUUGCCAUAUUAGCCUCCAGUUUUGGACAGUUGUUCUGUAUUUUUGUGCCUAAAUGUUACAUAAUCUUACUGCUUCCCGAGAGAAACAUUAAGAAAGGCAUGAUUGGAAAAUAUCCUCGAUGA